AUUUGGACUACCCAUUAUCAACUCAGGCCCAUACAUAUGUUUCGGCCCUAUUAUUUCAUACGGAGUAGUACACAAAUAUAUUGCUCACUCAAAAUCUAGAAGUCUCGACUCUCUACUCGAUACACCGACAAAUGAUCGAACCCAUUGUUGGCUUCCCUCAACGUUCAAACAUAUAAAGGCUGAUGUGCCUCCCCGUCCGGACAUAAACAUUCUGAAAGCAUCUCGCUUUUGAUUGACAAAUUAUCUCCGUUAGACCGACCUCCCCUUCCCCGUCUCCCCAUCAGAUUGGACGCUGUCUCCAUAGACCGAUCUACCGAUCUUUAUGAGGUUUGCUGAUGCAUUUAAUAUCAUUUCCUAAUCUUUUUUCGAAUUUAAAGUUGUUUGUUCUAAAUUAUUUUCCUUUUUCCAGUAGCUAAAUGAUAUACAGAACAUAUGAAACUUUGAGGGCCUUGUAUGAUAUGGAUCGUCCUAGAUAUUCGGUUGAUAUUGGUAACCUCGAGCGCAACCGAACGAAAGAGCUUGCGAGGAAGAGAUCCCGCAAAGGUAAAUCACAUAUCGGCUCUUCAUCUCAAAGUCAAGAUGAUUUUGAUACGGGUUACGUAAGGAGGGAUGUGGAUGCGAUGACCGACGAACAACUAGAACAAGAAUUGCACCGACAUAAUUCCCGCUUUUUUCAAGACCAACCGAGGACCAUUGACGAAGAAGAGCUCGAGGACGAGGACGACGAUGUGGAAGAAGCAAUUCCGGAGAGCCACGAUGACGAGGAGGAGGAGGGUGGCGGCAGCCAUGACGCCGACCAAGCAGCCUCAUCCCAAACAGGUACAAAAAAAGUAAAUUUGAAUUAAUGGCUAAUAAUUUUUAUAAGUGGAAGGACCCGAACACCGGGAAUUGGACCGCAACUUGCAAUUGGUGCAAGAAAAACUAUAGCUUGGGGAUUUCCGGCGGAUACGGAUCCGCCACAAGACACCUUAAGUCCAAACACCCGGUGGAGUACGCAAAAUUAGGCGGCGGAACGGGGAAACAAACGCAAAUAUCGAGGUUUGCAAAUAACCAACAAGCUUUUGGUAAUUUCUCAUACAAUGAUGCACAAAAUUUGACAGGUAUGGCUAACUUACUUGUUGAAGAAAAUUUGCCUUAUUUGUUUUCUGAAAGUCUUGCUUUUCGUGAUUAUGCACAAACUUGUUUAAAUCCGCAAUAUAGAGGUUAUAGUCGCAAAACGGUUAAGAAAGAAAUUUCAAGGCUUUAUGGUGCGGAAAAGGUAAGGUUACAAAAUUAUUUUGCAAACUUUGAUGGACGUGUUACUGUAUGUUCUGACAUAUGGGAGGAUACUUAUCAUAAUUUACAUUAUUUGGGUUUGACCGUACAUUAUAUUGAUAAUGAUUGGCAUAUGCAUAAACGUGUUCUUGCUUUCCGUGAAUUUAAUGAUCGUCACACCGCUGAACAUAUUUAUAUUUUGAUUGAACGUAUUUUAAUUGAGUAUAAUUUAAUUGAUAAGGUGUUUGCUAUUGGUUUUGAUAAUGCUACUAAUAAUACUGCUGCUAUUCCUAGAUUGCGUGAAUUGUGUGGUUCUACUUCUUUAAUGGGUAGAUUUUUUCAUCAACGAUGUGCAUGUCAUGUUCUAAAUUUAUGUGUGCAAGAUGGUCUAAAAGCGUUGGGAGCAUCGUUGGAGGUAGUCAAUGGGGGGAUUAGACGUAUUUGGGGUAAUGGACAACUUAGGAAAAAAUGGCAUGAUUAUUUGAUAGAAAGAGGUGAGAGAUAUGUGGCUUUUCCAAAAGAUUUGUCUAUUCGUUGGAAUAGUACCUAUAAGUUAAUUGGAGUUCUUCUUAGAUAUAAACAACAUUUUCCUGCUUUUAUGAAACAAUAUGAUAACUAUAUUAUAAACUCGGCUGAGUCAUGUUUAUAAACAUAUCUCAAACCAAUUUAUUUGUUUAUAAACAUAUCUCAAACCAAUUUAUUCGUGAAGCUGUUAAUCUCGCCGGUGCUUUUUCAAAUUUUGAGAAUGCUGAUUAUGUGAGUUAUUUUGCUGGUUUUAUGAAGGAAAAGUUUUUAAAAUAUUAUUCACAUAUUCCGCAUAUUUAUGGUAUUGCAUUUGUUCUCGAUCCUCGUUUUAGACUUGGUUCUUUAGAAGAAUGUUUGAAUUAUUAUUAUGCUGCUUUUUUUGGUCCAUUGCCAAUGUAUGAGGACAACCCAAUUGAUCCGAAAAAAGAAUACAACGAGGUUAGUGAUAUAUUUUAUGCAUUAUUCAAUGAGUUUCAUGCACAAUAUGGCAAUGCGCCCCCUCCCCCGACACAAACAUCAUCUAAAGGAAAAUCAAUUUUCAAAUCUACGUUUGCCAAUCUUAUUAAAAAAACAAAAUCAACUCCCGCUACACAACAAAGCACAAUAAUGAGAUUUCUUUGUAUUUAACUUAUGAUGUUGAUUUUGAAGAAGAUGAUGAUUUUGACGUACUAAACUGGUGGAAGGGAAAAGAAAGAAUGUUCCCGGUUUUAGCAAAGAUGGUUAAGCAAGUGCUAUCAAUGUCGGUUUCAACGGUUGCCGUGGAACAAGAAUUUAGUUCGGCCGGCAAUGUUCUAACACAAACCAGAACGAGGUUGAGCGCUGAAUCUCUUGAGAUGCUUAUAUGCUACCACGAUUGGUUGAAAGCAGCACGUAGAGCUCAAGAAAUUGACAUCACUCCAUCCCAACACUUUAUGGAUGAAUCUACAAC